GUUCCCUGUACGGCCCGCGUCGUCAAUACUCUCGUCACGCCCACUUGCACCUCUUAGACGCACUACACCCUGUCUCGAUCCUAGUCUACGUGCGCGGACGGACCCAGCAUCCUCAUGGCGGGUCCGCCGCACCGUCCCGGCUCCUCACGGCAGGCACCGUACUCCGAUUCACGCAGCGACGAUGCCAGCACAGACCGCUCUGCGGAGCGAGAGCUCUCGCCGUUCACGCUCGCGCAAAUGAUCAGCGAUCCGAACAACUCGUUGCUCGCCAGCAUGAGCCAGGCCGGGCCUAGCGACGCGCUCUUCUGGCCGCAAGCCGGCUCGAUGCCAUCCGACGUGCCUCAGUCGAGUGCCGGUGCAUUGCAGAUGCAAGACGCCGCCCUGUCUCCGACCUCCUCUUCGCACAACGACGCCGUCAUCAACGAGCUGCUGAUGGGCAGUGGCCUGUACCCUAUACCGGGUCACCGGCCGCCCAAUGUCGCGACGUACGAGCCGCAGCAGCUGUCGCAUCUGCAAGAGCCGCUUCAGAUCAACACGAGUGCGCCACCAAGUAUGCGAUCCGCAAUAGCGCCCUUACCAGCAAGGCGGACCAGCGCAAGCGGACCUUCGUCGCUCGUCACUACGCCAACCUCAGCUCGGCCCCAAAGUAGCAUUCCGGCAUCUGCGUCGCAGGACAACAUCGCAGUCGCGGACGACGGCAAGCCUACUCGUCGUGCCAUUCUCGCAUGUCGCUUCUGUCGCACACGCAAGCUGCGCUGCGAUGGAGAAGAUCCAUGUCGCCAAUGCGAGCGCCGUGGCGAGACGUGCGAGUACACGCUUCCACCUGCGGCGAAGCGAAGAGCACAACAGCGCAACGUGGAUGCAUCGACUACAAGUAGUGCAGUCACAAGUGCGGACGAGGCGAGCGGAAGCAGCAAGCGCCACGACUCGGGCGCCACGAAGGAGAAACAUCGCCAUACGUCAAGAAGCCCGGGCGCAGAGGCGUCGCGCCAGCGAUAGCGUCGACGUCGCAGCAGCGGCCGACCCGUCUGCUGCGGUGCCAGCUGCUCUGGCUGCUGGAGAAGGCAUCGAUGGUGACGCAGCAUCGUCACUGCCGUCGAUUGCCUCGGGCCCAACAAGCCUGCUGCAGCCUGCACAGGCGAGCGCAGGCGGCUCCAUGCCCAUUCUGGAGGACAUCGACGUGUCGCCGACGAUGCCGACGCCUAACUCGCCGCCUCGUCCGCACGCUGGCCAUCUCACCGACAUCCUCGGCGAUCUCGGCGCGCUCGCAGAUGCCGUCGAUGUCAUGACGCUUGGCGCUGUCGAAGCAGAUGC